UGUUCAUGACAUAGCUAUGUAUGCUGAUACGUUCGAAGUGCAGGGGUCAUUCAAGCUUGUAGAGGUGACCUUGAACUCGGGGUCAAGUGAGGACCUCUCAGUGCGAGUGGUGUGCGAUGCAUUCAAAAAGGAGCUGGGUGAAGUUGAAAAGGAACUGCAGAGGAUUAAUGGGCCAGCUUUUGGACUGCAGACGGUCCCAGAUUUGUACCCUGGUAUGAGAUGUGUUACGUUUGACAAGAGAAUGAGGAAAUUCCUUCGCUCUGAAGUGUGCAAUGUCUUCUUGGAUAACCAAAGAUCUGUCUCUUGCAGAUCACUCGAUUACGGGCAUCUGGUCACAGUUACUUCCGAUUUCGUAAGGCCACUGCCGAAGUCUCUAUCCCACGAAGCAGUCCCAUUUAGAUGCAUUACUCUUUACCUGAACAGAGUUGCAAAAACACGAGAAAGUGGUGUUGAUAUUACUGGAUUAGAGGAACGUCUGGAAAGAUCAGGACUUCUCAGUGCUUCGGUUAAAUCGCUAAUAGUGACCGGAUUCGAUGGUGAUGAGUUUUGUGGCGAUGUUCAGCUACAAAAUGGGAAAUUGUUGUCAUUUUUUCUUCGAGAAAAUUUUAAAACUCUCGUGAUAUUCAAACCAGAGACUAAAUUACAGUUUGAUUUUAUCAAAAUGGCAUCAGUUGAGAACCUGAAGUUAAAAGCGAAAACAAUUUUUAUGGAAGAUCUCCUUGAGCGAGUUGAUCAAUAUCAAAACAAAUUGAUUCCUGAAAAUGAAGAUCAUACUUCUAGAAGUUCACCGCAAUCAAAAAACUCUGCGACAAAUUCGACAAAACUUCAACAGAGAUUUGUCCAGAAUUGGUCUGAACAUUUUGACACAAUCAACCUAAAUGGCCUAGACAACCCUGGUUUUGUAUCUGCUCGCGAAAGCAAAAACCCACGAGGUGGAAAGUCUGACCUUGAUUUUGAGAGAGAAGUUUCCAGUUCAGAAAAUGCAAUGCUGCAGUGUGAUUCGGGAGAUGCUAGUGUUCGGUUAUUAAACAGACAAAAGCACCGUUUUGAAAACGAAGAAAGAUCGUCUCUCGGACAAGAAACGGUUUCUGAGAGUGUAAAGUCAUUGAGAAAUAUGAAGUUAGCCGAGAUGAUCAAAAAGAAAUCUCGAAAAGGAGUAAAUUUGUCUUCAAGCUCAGAGAACACCCAAGAAACUAGAUUGGAAAAUAAAGAUAUUUUAAAGGACAACGAGCAAAGGAGUGAUGCUUACUUACAGUCUGGGAGUGAGUCUUCAGUAAUCUCCGACGAGACCGAAAGUUCAGCUUUACCUUUCCCAUACACUUAUGAGAAACAGGACUUAAAUGUUGCUAGCUUCAAAAAUGAAGACAGCUCUUUUUCAAACUUGAUGAACGAAGGUUUACCUGUCCAUUUCUACGAUGAUGCCAUCGUGAUUGGGAAAACACAGAAGCCUUGGAAUUGUACCAACCAGUUUAUGGAAAAUGUUAAUUGGACAAUGCGAGAAGAGAAUAUGAACAUAUUGAGUAGUUAUAUCUUCCCAAUAAGUGCGAUUUGGGGUUCAGAUGUAAUCGGAAUUGCCAGUGACGACUUUCAGAGAAAAUUAAAUGUUGUCAAUUUGUGCUUAUGGAUGCAGGCUACGAGAUUAGUUAGAGUAUUUGAGGAACGCGCGGACGGAUAUUACCGUGGCAUAAAUUUGAAUGGUCCGGCAUUUGUAAUAGUUGUGCCAAACUAUAAGUCGGCAAUGAGAGUUGAGGAGAUCUUUGCAAAAUGUUUGAGCCGAUUCCUCAAAUGGAAACCACGCAUUAAAAUCGAUUACGGCUGGGGCGAUUCAUCCGUCUGUCACAUGUUAAUCACUACACCCACUCGUUUGCUGGAAAACCUGAACUCCAACAAAGUCAACUUCAACCGGACGAAAGUUUUCAUGAUAGAAGAGUGUGAUAUCAUUUUUGAGAGCAUGAACAGAGAAAUGACCGAAUGCAUGAAUAAGUUCAAGAGAUCUGAAGGUCAACGACUCGUAGGCGAUUGGCGUUUCUUUUUGUUUUCACGGUUUUAUCAUCGGAAAAUGGACUCGUUUUUGAAAGUUCGAAAGUGGAAGGUUAAAAGUAAGCCUGAAAAUGUAUCAAUAAUUUUCGCAGACUUAUUCCAAGGAACUACUUUCAUGGGUGCUAACAAUUGUCCGUUGAUUUGUAGUCCAAAGUCACCUGAAAAAUAUCAACUAGCAUUUAGAGUUUUGGAUGUUAAUUGCGCUGAGAACUCCAAUGUAGUAUUUCUUUGCUCGCACGAAGAAACUUGUCUCUAUUUAAGUUCAAGAUUAUUUGACGAAGGUUACAAUGUUGUUCGUAUGAUUCACGGCAAAAUCGAUUCAAGGCUUCAACCUGAAAACCAACUAGAUAAUCUUAAAAAGUCCGUUACUAUCGUAGUAACAACAGAUAGUGGUUUAGCCAGUUUGAGAGAAAUUGAAUUGGCCUUUGACGUCGUGGUGUUCUACGAAGGAGUUGAUUAUCAUCAUUUGGAUGCUGAAUUCGUUUUGAGCCGAAGGUGUAGCGUUCUUUUAACUGCUCUUUCGGAGCAAAGGGCAGCGAAACCAAAAGUAUUUCACUUCAUUUCAGAACGAGAAACAGUCAGCUAUAUUACAAUGCUAAAUGAGAAGUUGAAAACUUCAGGUAAUCUGAACUGUUUGAAAGGAAAUGUUGGCAAAAAUUUUCAAGACAUGGUUGAAGAGAUGUUUGUGAAUUAUGAAAAACAGAAAAUCAAACCAGGAAAAGUUUUCAGUCUCUGUGAUUCGAUGUUACUUCAUCCAAGAUAUGCGACCGUUUCCAAACGGUUUAUAAAUUGCGGCAAUCUAAGUUGUGAACAAAGGCAUCAAAUUUUGCCAACAGAUUGGCCUGGUAAUGACCCUAAACAUGUGAAGCUACCAACUCAUGGAUACUUUCGGAUUCGAGUUAGACAAGUUACUGGAGCUAAUUCGUUUUUUGCAACUCUUGAUGAUUACAGAGAAAAACAAACGGAGCCUUACCAAGAAUUCAGCCGGGAUGUUUUACGACAGAUUGAAGACGAGAUCGAUGAUUGUGUCCCGUUUUUGAAACUAGUAGACCCAAAGUCUGUGAAAGCAGGAAAACUUUAUUUGAUAAAACGGAAUAGAAUUUUACACCGUGCUGUAGUUACAAAAUUUCAUUCGACAAACUCGUUCGGACAUCCAACUUCCGUUGAUGUUUUUCGUGUGGAUGUUGGCGAUACCAUUUUUGACAUCCAAAUCUCGAAUGUCCACGAGAUACCGAAAAUCGAAAGGGAUGUACGUCGUAUCCCUGGACAAGCUUUCAAAGUAAUCAUUCUGGGACUCACAGGAGUAGAUGGGAAACUUGACUUUCCUCCUCAAAUUGUUAAGUACGUUGAAGAUAAAAUUCAGGGAAAACUUCUAGAAGGAAUGAUUGUUUUAUCGUUGAGUAACGUUAUGUUUGUUCACUUAUUGACACUUCGUGAAAAAAUGGCGGAUGGUUCUUAUCCAAAAGCUGGUUAUAGAAUAAAAAACGACCUUCUGGAAAAGAAGUACUGUGUCAAAAAUGACAACCAGAUGUUUCUAAUUCACGAAGCGGCAAAAGAACUUUUUGAAGAAUUGCCAGUUUUGAAAAAACUUCUGGCUGCAACUGAUAUACGUUACCACGAAGAUGACAAACUGAGUCAAGGAGAGUUUUCGCCUUGUUAUUUAGUCGCGAGUCAUACCAAGAAAAACAUUAACGAAUUUUUUGUAAUUAAACGAGAAACGCUCGCUGGCAUUGAGAAGCUAAACGAACGAAUCGCGAAAGAAGCGCCAAGUUAUAAUGCAGUUGCGCAAACCGAACCUGGUAAAUAUCUAGUGGCGAAUGUCAAACGAAAAGAAAGUAGCAGUGCUAACACGUGGGCUAGAGCGAAAGUAGUGAGAGUUAACGUUGUGAAAAAAGAGGCGAAUGUACUCUUGAUUGAUACUGGUGAAAUGCAUGUAGUGAAAUACUCGAGGUUGAAAGUGUGCCCAAAUGAUGUGUUUGUAUUACCCUCUGCAGCUAUUGGCUGUUGUUUAGUGGGCAUUAGACCGGUUGAAGCCGCCUAUGGAUACAGACAUGAAUUCCGAGAAUUUCUGAAAGAGCUGUCCAACUAUGAAGAAUACGAAAUAGCUGCCUACCCUGCGCCUGACAGUUCUAACUCCAAAUCGUCACUAAUAGCUGUAGAACUCUUCUACAAAACAACCAAAGCAUCAUCGCCAAAACUAGCAAGGUCUUCAGCUAAGCAUGCUACUUUGUCUAAAGUUAUGUGUUCAAGAGGUCUUGCAGUAGGGUUAGCAGAAACAAUGGACCCUAUCUUCAAUUCGAGUUUCAAGUCCAAAUUGCUGAAGUUUCACAUUGCAACUGAACUUACUGACGCGGACAGGGCGACAAUGUUUCAAGAAAUUUUUUCAAAGUGGGGUGAAUUUCCAGUCUUAGAUGAAGUUGAAGACGAAAAUGACAAAUUGAAACUUGCCGAAGAUUUAGUAAUUGUUUUGACAUCAUAUCAAAGCACAAAAGUUUUGCAUGUGGCAUUAGUAGUCUUUGUGAUUGUGUCAAAGUUGGUUGUCAUUUCUGAACAAAUGAUCUCCCGAGUUCUCGAAAAGUGCAUGCAUGAUUUGAAAAAUCCAACAGUCGAAAUAUUAGAAAAGUUCCACGAGUUAUUGGCUUCGCUUGACAAAGAAAUGGUUAAUAAUGUUUCUCAAUCAGCGCUGAGAGCAUUUUUAAAGCAAUUUUUGCAGAAUGGUUUGAAAAUUGAAAUUGUAAAAGUGCUUAUAGCCUUUUUCGAAGGAAUUGAUUUUGCUCAAGUUUCUGAGACGGAAAUUGAGAAUUGUGUGUCGUGCUUUACGACAUUAAUGCGCAACCAUUCGCUCAAAAAUUUGCCUAAUUUGGCCAAAGUGAUUGAUGGAAUUUCAAAAGAAAGAUUUGAUUCGCUAGUUAAAAGUUUCAACUAUUCGCCUAGUUUUCUGCAACUAUACGUACAGAACUAUUCGGAGACGCUUGAUAAAGUUACAAAAGUGAGUAUGAUUAAAGUGAUGACAAAGUUCAUGGCAGUUCAAAGUUUAAAAAUCGUUGUUGGAAAUAGCAACGCGUUGUUGGAGUCGCUAGAGCAAGACUGUUCGAACUCGGGAAAUAUAGCGACCAAAAUUCAGGCUAAAAAACUGCUGAAUGCAAUUAUGACGUACAAAAAGGAACUUGUCAGUUCUUCGCUCGCAAACCACAUUGGCGGAAGUGCAACUCAAGAAGAAACCGUUAAAGAUCUGUCAGAAUUGAAUAUUGACUUGACCUAUUAUCAGAAGCUUACACCGAAAGCAAUUUGGUGGCAAAAUGAAAAUUCGGUCACUAUUCGAGUAGAAAUUUUUGGAAUCCGAGCUAAACGAACGAAAUAUAAAAGCGAUUCAGUCGUUUUUGAAGCAUUGACUAAUGAUGAUAAGUUGUACUGCCUAAAUAUGGAUUUAGCUGAAGAAAUCGUCCAAAUGGAUUCUGGGAGAGCGUUGGAAAAAGUUUCUGGGAGAAGUUUUCAAAUCGAAAUAACAAAGAAAAAGCCUAAAAUGUGGGAUCAUCUUACCACGACUCGAUUGUCCAAUAUCGUCUAUGACAUAGAGAAAAUGGCUCAGUUUGAGGAAAACAACAACAACAGCCAAACAGUCAACUGGACGAAAAACCGAGGCGCGUAUUGCUUCAAAAACUGUGUGCCAGAUGUGGAUCUGCCCCGGUCAUCUGGCAGCGAGAGUGGAAAAGAAUCAGAUGAUGAUGGCUAUGCCCAGGAUUCGGACGGGUUGUUGUCGGGAGACGAGUGAAACUCUGGGAGGCGGAUUGACUUGCCUUUGAUAUUCGUUGAUAAGCUUGAUUGAAUUUCAAAAGGUGCUUUAUUUUGACGUUGACUGUUGGUUUAAAAAAAACUGGGAUUAAAUGAUGAAACGGCUUGUUUUUUAUUUGUUUUGUCAGAUCUCAAUCAAAUCUGAUUGUUUCACAGGAAUAAAUUAAUCAAAUUUGAUUGUUCUAGAGUAUCUUCUAUAAUCUGGAUAUCUAAAAUUAUCAGAUACAAAUAAUGAAUUUUGAAAUUUAAACUCGAA